CAAAAGAUCUCUGCUUCACCACCUGCACCCAACGCGUCUUUGUUCUGCACAGUCCAUCCCGCAGCCCACCGACCAACCCUUUUACCCUGCAUCAUAAAUUACCUUAUUGUCCCAGCGGCUUAUUCAUCAUCAUCGUCAUCGUCAUCAUCACAAACUCCUUCGCCUGUUACUUCGAGGAAGAUCUGGCCCAGUCCCCUUUCAUCACUCAGUCUCGCCUGCCUUUGGCCGUCUAUCCGCGCCUUCCUUUUUACUGCAACCACCAAUACCAACCUGGGGGAACUUUUUCUACCACGACAGAGCUUCCUUUCUCCCUCUCUACUCGUCAUUUGUCAUCGUCGUCUCUCCUUGUCGACCAUUCUUUAUCACACAUACCAUUGAACCUCACUAAAGAUGAGUACCAUUCAGAACCUCAAGAACUUCAUACGUCAUGGCAAGCAAGCCCGCGCUGCUGAGCCGCCCCGCGAUCAACCAACCACCAACGUCUCUCCUGUACACGCUCAACAACAAAAACACCACCACGGCAUAAGUGAACCUGCACCCGUCCGACAACAUCAACAUCAGAACCAAGUUCAACCACAUCCUGGCGAGUACUCCGCUGCUGCCAUCGAUAACCGCAAUGUCGCUGCUCAAGCCGGCAACGCUGCUGCCAAUCAACAGGGCAAGCAGCAGAAGAUCCAUCAAGCAGAUAUCGAAGCCCUUGUUGCAGAGGAGCGGGAAAGAGCCGGAAAGAUGCCCAGAUAUCCCGGACUCGAACGAUACAUUCUGAUAGAAAAGAUGGGCGACGGUGCCUUCAGCAAUGUGUACAAGGCCAGAGACACAACGACUCACGACGAAGUCGCCAUCAAGGUGGUGCGAAAGUUCGAAAUGAACUCGAAUCAGGGCGAUGCUCACCUUCAUCCGAAUUUCAAAAAACAACCGAAGGGCGUGGAGAGAGCAAAUAUUCUCAAAGAAGUCCAGAUCAUGCGGCAGCUUGAUCAUCCCAAUAUCGUCAAGCUCAUUGACUUUUCCGAGUCCCGACAGUACUACUACAUUGUUCUUGAAUUAUGCCCUGGAGGCGAAUUGUUUCAUCAGAUCGUUCGCUUGACAUAUUUCAGCGAAGAUCUCAGCCGUCACGUCAUCACCCAAGUCGCAGAUGCAUUGCUAUAUCUGCACGAGGAAUGCGGUGUCGUUCACCGUGACAUCAAGCCCGAAAAUCUUCUCUUCUACCCUGUUCCUUUUAUUCCAAGCCGUAGCCCCAAACUAAGGGGACCAGACGAAGAGGACAAGGCCGACGAGGGCGAAUUCGUUCCCGGAGUCGGUGCUGGAGGCAUUGGCCAAAUCAAGAUUGCCGAUUUUGGUCUGUCAAAGGUCAUUUGGGACUCCCAAACCAUGACGCCAUGUGGCACAGUUGGCUACACGGCUCCCGAAAUUGUCAAGGACGAAAGAUACAGCAAAUCAGUCGAUAUGUGGGCUCUCGGAUGUGUCUUGUACACCCUGCUGUGUGGUUUCCCUCCGUUCUACGACGAAUCCAUCCAGGUCCUGACGGAAAAGGUCGCUCGUGGCCAAUACACCUUUCUCUCACCAUGGUGGGAUGACAUCUCCAAGUCGGCACAAGAUUUGGUAUCGCAUCUACUCACUGUCAACCCAGAACAGCGAUUCACGAUUGAGCAGUUUCUGGCACACCCUUGGAUCCGAAACACUCAAGAGCCUACAUAUGCCGCUUCCGACGCUCCACCUUUGGCCACUCCUCUAGCAGUGAGGCAAAAGGAAUUUCCUACUGACCUUUACGGCCUUGGAACUCCGGCCACUCCUGGCAAGCGAGCAGACUUCCGAUCCCCUGGAGCUGUCAACCUGCGUGAAGUAUUUGACGUCGGUUACGCCGUACACAGACAAGAAGAAGAAGCUAAGAGAAGAAAAAACUUCAAACAAGGCUAUCGAGGUGCUGGGCUGCCUGGUGGCCUAAACUCAUUGAACGAGGAUGAUGAUUACGAUGACGAUGAUUACGAGGAGGAAGUCUCAAGUAAAGUACCCAAGGCACAACAACCAGCAGAUGUCUCAAGUAUGGAGGCAAAGAUGCGUUCGACCAACCUUGGUUCUCAGCCCUCGACAGCCGCACAAGCCCGAUCGGCUGCUGCCCCUGCUAGAAGUCAGCAUCACAGUCAACAGCAACAGCAACAAGAAAGAGGCUACGGUCAACACAGCGCCGCUGUUGCCGCUGCCGCCAAACGAGAUGUUGGUCGGAGGAACAAGCAACCUUUCGAGUUAAGUCUGGACAACUCGACGUUGCUGGGCCGGAGAAACAAGGGCCCGGGAGUUGGAGGAAAUGCCGCUCCGUCGAAACUCAGAGAGGAGCUUAGUGUGAGAUAAUAACGGAGUGUUUCUGGGUCAACAACUGUUUACGGUGGUGGUGGUUACCGGCUGAUGAGUUUAUCAUAAAUAGCAUCAUGUCAGUCGCGUUGGAGUGGGGGUUUGGCGCGAAAAUCAUUU